AUGGACAGCAAGAGAGGUCCCAUGGCCGACCUCGAACAGGCGCCGCAUCCAUGGCACCAGCAGCCUAACAUUGCGAACCUGUCGCCUGCCUCUUUCACGGCGCAGAAGCUGCAACAUGCAACCCCAGAGCACCUCUACCUCACCUCAAGGCGCUUCUUCAUCGGCCCUAUCCCCACCGCAUGGCUGAGCAAACACCGUCGCGAUUGGUACAAGCACCAUCUGCGCAUCACCUACUCGACACGCGCCGCCACCUUCUCGUCCGACCCCCGUGAAGCGCGCCAACGACGUCUGAGUGGAGCUGAAGGACCCAGCUCCUCUGCCCUCUUCCAACACAGCUUCCCUCAGCCCGACGAGCUCCACGCAGAAGAGGAAGACGGCACCCAGCGUGUGGAGGCAAGUGGAGCGAAUGGCGCCUCAGCAGCGAGCACCAGCACGCCUCAGAAAAAGCUUGUCGUGAUAGGCAACGAAGACGAAGAGUUCGUGGACGCGCAUUCUGAGCCCGAAGAUGUCCAUGACGACGACUUGCACCUAUACACGCACGAGGAGGGCGACUUCGACCCCAGCAAGCCGCAGCUGCCGCAUCGAUCGAGCACCAAGUCCUACGUUACGGCUUCUUCUAUGCCCAACACUGCAGACAGCAACGCCGAGGUGGACUCCGAGGACGACGAUGCUGAGACACCGCGCGCAGAAGAGCCAACACAACCCCAGAUGAGUGGUCUGCAGGUAUUGACCAGUGAGGAGGAGUCAGGACGGAAGUCGUUGAGCAAGCAGCCAUUGUCUGCCAGCACGAGCCAUGGUGUGGCAGUAUCUACUACGAGGGGAGCGUCCUCGGUAGAUGCUGACUCCACUUCGUCUCUGCUGCGCAAAGCUGACUUGAACAAGGCGCCGGCCCCCAUUGAUUCUGAAGUCGCUCCCUCGCCUUCUGCCAGGGGCAUCCUUGCCAGGAUGAAGAGACGGUCGACUGUGGGCCUGUCCAAAUCAGACUCGUCAGACGGCCCUGACGCACCUACACAGGACCUGACGCGCAAAGGAUCUAAUUUGCGCAACCUUGUCAAGUUCGAUGUGCCUGAGGACUCCAAGCGGCAAGCAGUCCAUUUCAAGGCCAAGAAAGCACAGAUGACCAUCCAGCGAGCGGGCACAAGGCUGCGACGGAAGAGCAUCAAGGACGGUUUGGUAGUGAAGAUGGAACGCAUGCUUGUGCGCGUCGAUGCCGCCAGCGAAGUGCCGGAGGACUUUGACGAGAACGUAAACCAGCGAGUCGUCUCGAGAGUCAAGGAUAAGUGGCGGGAAUAUAUGAUAGUGUGCAGACACAGUCACACGGAUGAGGCUGACUUCUUGCUGCAACUCUAUCAGACUCGGGUCAUUCCUGAAAUCGAACAGAGCGGCGCAGGCAAACGCGCAGCUUAUGAGAUCCCUCUCGGCCGCAAGACGAGCAAAAUCAAUCUCUACUCGUCCCUUGACAAAUCUAUAGUGGUGUCGAUGCCCGGUCCCAAGGGUACCCUGAUCUUCAUCAUGCAAGCAAGAACUGCUUCCAACGCAGUCGAAUGGUACACGUUCCUGCGCAACAUUCUCGGCUGGCGCCGUGCUUCCGAGCUUCAAGUUAACAUUCCGGAUAUGAGUCUCAGCGUACGGAUAGCUAACCCUUUUGAAAAAUUGGAAGCCUCGCAGAACAAAGUUCAAGAAGCAGAAAACACCGAGGAGGCCAUCUUGAAGACCAUGCAAGAAGAGCAAGCUGUCGCGCAAGCGCUGAUCCGGCAGUGUCUUGAUCAAUUGAAAGAAGCGCCGGAGUGGGCAACUGUGCUUGAAGCCUGGAUGAACGAACAGAGGAUAGGACUGGUCUGGAAGCGCUAUGAUCGUCUGGAGUGGAUCCAUGGAGCCAACGAGCGUAAGAUGUAUGGCACUAUUGCCAUGCUCAAGUCCCACGAUCUCGAGCUGCGACCAAAGACGCAUUACCCCACAACAGUAAUCACUCGUAAGAAGCAAAAGACAUUGACGGAGCCUGUGCCCGUCGAGGGCUUCCUCAUCAGGCUGACCGGUCAACGUGGAAGGGCGAAGCGCAUGGGACUUAUGUACCAUAAGCAACUGUACUUCGCCAGCCACGACCACUUUCUUGUGUUCUCGCGGCCAACCAAAGCGACUCCGCCCCCACCACCUAGACUUCCCAUGUCUGAGAACUCGGCUGUUCCUACGUCGCAGGCGAUUCAGGACGCUACACCGGACAACUGGGCAGUCAAUCCUUACCCCGUGAAGGACAAACAGAUUGAAUGGUUGCUCGAAGGCCACUCCGGAACCUCCGAGACCAGGAGAUUACAUGAUGAGGAUGCGGCCGACGAGUCAGAACGAAAGGAAAACAACCUCCUCAAUUGCGACGGUUACAUCAACAUGGCUGAUAUCGUCAAAGUUCGUAAGGCGAAGCUAGGCGCUAGCCCAGUGGAUGAAGAUAUUGAGCCCGGAUCGGAUGUUGAUUUUGACGAGGAUGUCGACAUGGACGAUUCGAGAGGCGAGGACGGUGCCACAAGUGAUCUCGAUUUGGAACGUGCCUUCGAGCUGGUAAUGAAGAACGGCUUGGUCAUCCGCCUGCAAGCCGCCGACAAAGCUCGCCGAAAGCAAUGGAUCAAUCACCUCCGUGCCCUUGCGAAGUACUGGAAACAUCGCACAGCAUCUGACAUCACCCUCUACAAAUCAACACGCGCUCGCAAUCUUAGCGCUCUCAACAUUGACGAGGAGGGCGAAGCGUACAUCGGUCAGUUUGCGCGGAAAUGGGAAGUAAAGCAGUCCUUUGCCUCACCGCAGCUUUACAACAUGUGCGGCAUCGCCUGCUGCCGGAACAUCCACAUGAGUGGUACGCUGUACCGCAAACCCCGUAUUCACGCUCCUUUUACCCGCUGCGGCGUCAUGCUCGCGGCUGGCACCCUGCUCAUCUUUCGCGACGUCUUGCGUAGUCGCGUUGGCAAACAACUGUCGCACAUUCACCACGAGCGCAUCGCGAAUCUCGAUCUGAGGGAUUGCUACAUCUACUCCGGUCUUCUCACUGAAUCAGAUCUACUGUACCAAAAUCAGACCUUUGACGCCAACAAGCCGGGCCAUCACGCACUGCCUCGUAUCUACCUCGAAGACGGCGGGACAAGCACAGACGAAGAUGUCAUGACGACGUUUGUCAUCUGGCACGGCAAAGCCAAGUCAUGGUUCAGGGCGGAAGAAGGGGCUGGGGGUGGGGGCGAGAAGGAGAGGAAAGAGGGAAAGAGAACCAAGCUCAAGAGAGUCGCAAAGCUGGGAUCCAAAGGCAGGAGUGUGGUGUUCAGAGCGAGGUCCCGGGCAGAGAGGGAUCACUGGGUGCUUGCUAUCCAGAACGAGAUUGAGCGAUGUCAAGACCGAGACAGUGAUUUCCGCAUCGAAGAAGCGACGCAGACGGCGAAGUAG